GAGUGCUCACUUCUCCUGUCCGGAGGACCGCUGCCGGCUCCCAGCCCAACUUCUGCCUGAAGUCAGCAGCAAAAUGCAGCACCCGAAUCUGCUGUGCCUCGGCCUCCUGGUGCUGGGAUGUGUCCUGAAUGUGUCCGGCGGGAACAACGUUGUGGACUGCUGCCUGAGGACGAGUGAGAAUCCUAUCCCAUGGUGGAUAGUGCAGGACUACCGGAUACAGCUGGUGCAGGACGGCUGUGUCAUCCCCGCCACUGUGUUCAUCACCAUGAGAGGCAAGCACCUCUGUGCCCCCUUGCAAGCCCCAUGGGUGAUUCGACUUCGAGAGAAGCUGGACACCAGCUCCACCAGGAAGGCCAAAUCUCAAGGCAUAUAGGCUCUGAAGAAGCCUGCAGCUGGACCCAAUGCCUGUAGCCGGGGCCAGCUCCCAUCUGUGAAUCCGAAGCUUGUGAAGCCGGCCUGCUUCCCCUUCCAGGCGCAGGGUGUGCGGCCGACCCUCCUCAGGACUUGUGCUAGUGCGCGGGGCUGCACAGAGCCCCGCCUGCUCUCUCUUCUUCACUCUGUCUCCGAUGUGAUUGAGAAACCUGCGUCAGGCUGAGUCAGGGGCUACUGGACUGAGCCCCCAGCAAGAAGCAACCUCGUGAGCAGAGCCAGGUUGGUGGCAUGUGGGCUGCAGCUGCCCCAAGCCUCGGGGUUUUGCCUCUGCUACAUUCAGGAAUGGAUUGGAAGCCGGUUGGUGGAUUGUUCUGCAGGAUGAGUUUGAGGGGUCUCAGCCUUCCCUUUGGAGCAGCUGCUGUGGCCUCCAGCACAGGCUUGUUUGUUCCCAUUUUUCCAUCCCCAUGCCUGGGCCUGAGCUCUUCUAUGGCCUAAGAGGAGCUGGCAGGGCAGAACAGUGCAAGGGCCACAGGGAAGGAUAGGAAUAACCUUCACUAGCCAUCCACGGCGUCUGUCUCUCACCGCGUGUGACCUGGACCCCCUCAGAGCACAACACUGCUGGUGCAGUUCCACUCUCAAGCCCUGAUGUCCAGGCAGUUUUUCCUUUCCUGCCUUUUCUUACACAGGUGGAAUUGGAGCCAGUAAUGGCAGUGCCGGUGGCUGUGGCACCCCAGCAAAAGUGCACCGGGUUUGCUCAGUCCUGCCAUCAGUGGGUGUCUGCAGUGUGACACUGGCAUCUGCUGCAGCGCUUGACCCAUAGCCUUGUCUGCCUGAGGAAAAUGAGUGAUGGGCACCAGCAUGAUGGUGACAACUUGUGUGCUGACUCCUAGUUGCAGCGGUUCGGAAAUAGGCCAGUUAUCAAUGCUUCACUUCUUCCCAAAGUCCCAAGCUCCUUCCUGGCCAGUGACGUGUGAGAAGCAUUUGCAACAUGCUCAGGUGUUUGCUGCUAGAUCUGUCUGAGGCAACGAUUAUGGGUGCAACCUGCUUCUUCUCUCUCUUUCUUAU